AUGCCGGUGCCCAUGUCGACCGUCUUCUGGGGCUUCCUGGUCCUCUCCCUGGAGUUCUGCGCGGGCGAGCCCGGCGAGAAGGCGCCCACGGAGGGCGUCCCCUUGGUGACAGAAGCCGAGGACCAGAGCUGCCCCGUGUGUCUUUGGCGCAAGCACAGCAAAGAGAUGAGGCUGGAGAGCAUCAAGUCGCAGAUCCUCAGCAAGCUGAGGCUCAAAGAGGCGCCCAACAUCACCCGCGAGGUGGUGAACCAGCUGCUGCCCAAAGCCCCGCCGCUGCAGCAGAUCCUGGACUUGCACGACUUCCAGGGGGACUCCUUCCAGCACGACGACUACCUGGAGGAGGACGAGUACCACGCCACCACCGAGACUGUCAUCAGCAUGGCUCAAGAAACGGACCCAGUGGUACAGAUCGAAGGCAAUCCACAUUGUUGUUUCUUCAACUUCAGCCCCAAAAUUAUGUUCACCAAGGUAGUAAAGGCACAGCUCUGGGUGUACCUAAGGCCUGUUCAACACACAUCCACAGUUUAUCUACAGAUCCUGCGUCUUAAGCCGGUGACAGAGGAUGGGAGCCGACACAUCCGUAUCCGCUCACUCAAGAUUGACCUGAAUUCACGCAUUGGCCACUGGCAGAGCAUUGAUUUCAAGCAUGUGCUCCAGAACUGGUUCAAGCAGCCUCAGAACAACUGGGGUAUUGAGAUCAACGCUUUUGAUCCCAAUGGCAAUGAUCUGGCUGUGACUUCUCUUGGGCCUGGUGCUGAAGGCCUGCACCCAUUCAUGGAACUGCGUGUACUGGAGAACAACAAACGGUCCCGAAGGAAUCUAGGCUUAGACUGUGAUGAGCACUCAACAGAGUCCCGCUGCUGCCGUUACCCCCUGACUGUUGACUUUGAAGCCUUCGGCUGGGAUUGGAUAAUUGCUCCAAAGCGGUACAAAGCCAACUAUUGUUCAGGCCAGUGUGAAUAUAUGUUCAUGCAGAAAUAUCCCCAUACCCACUUGGUGCAGCAAGCCAAUCCCCGGGGCUCAGCAGGGCCAUGCUGUACACCCACCAAGAUGUCUCCCAUCAACAUGCUGUAUUUCAAUGACAAACAGCAGAUAAUCUAUGGCAAAAUCCCUGGCAUGGUGGUUGACAGGUGUGGAUGCUCUUAAACUCCCAGCCUAUUCUGUUCUAUUCUUUUUCCUGUUUCCCUCCCCCACCCCGGCCGGAUUCUUGCUUUCGACGACGAUGCACCCUGACAUUGAUGAAUCCAUUCAUUAGCAUUUUAAAACACUUUGGAAGAGA